UUCCACUUCCCAUCCACCACUCUCCAUUUUCCGACCGAAAAAAACCCAGAAAGUAAGAUAAGGUUUAUCUUGUAUUUUUCAACCAAAAAGAUGGGCAAAAAGGUAAAAUGGAGCUGGACCUCCGCAUUCGUCGGAGCUGCGUCGGCGACGGCGGUGGCUACUCUUCUCAGUGCAAGACCAAAAGACCCAACUUUCCACUUAGUUUCAAUCAAGCUUACUGCUUUUAAGCUUAACCUUCCUCACGUGGACGCUGAGUUAAUCCUGACCGUCCACGUCACUAACCCCAACAUCGCACCCAUCCAUUACGGUUCGACCGCCAUGUCUAUUUUUUACGAAGGGACGUUGCUCGGAGCGGCUCAGGUGAAAGCCGGGUCACAACGGGCUCGGUCUUGUCAAGUUUUGAAGCUGCCGACUCGGCUUGAUGGAGUGGAGCUGGCUCAUCACGCCGGGAAGUUCUUUGCUGACGUGGCGAAACGAGAGAUGGUGCUUGAUGCUCAAGUGGAUAUUGGUGGUAAGGCUAAGGUGUUGUGGUGGGGUCAUAGGUUUAAAGUCCACGUGGAUAGUCAUAUUACCGUUGAUCCUGUUUUUCUUGAUGUGAUUGAUCAGGAAAAUAGAUCUCAAUUGGAGAUUUUUCUUGCCUCUUGAUCCUAUUGUUGUUUUUGUUUUAAGGUAAAAUUUGGUUUUGGUCCCUUUUAUUUAUGCUUGAAUUUGAGAUUCGGCCUUUGGAUUUUAAUUUGAUAUAAUACGUUAAAAAUAUUAUGGAGGUUUAUGUA